AGUCUGGUUUCAGUCUCCAAAAAGCGAACUGACAAGCGCUCCCCUAGUACACGAGAGUAGCUACGCAAACCAGUCUAAACUUAAGCUUGGCAUUUUCGACAAGAUGUCGUCCAACGUAGAUUCACAAUAUGGUGCUUACGGCGCACAGCAGACCCAAGGGUACAGCUAUGGCAGUAGUCAAGGUUACCAGCAGCCAGCGGCUGGUGCAGCGCCGCCAGCCCAACAGGCCACGGCAAGCUACGGUCAGACUCAGCCGGCAGCAUAUGGCCAGACGCAGGCGGCCUAUGGUGCUCAGCCAGCAGCUACCGGCUACGACUACAGUCAGCAGUCACAGCAAACCGGGUAUGCCCAGCCCGCAGCCGGAGCCACAGCGACAGGCUACCAACAGAGUGCUGGAUCCUACACCGCACCGGUAUCCACAUACGGACAGGCACAACCCAGCUACGGCCAGUCUGGCCAGACAGGUUACCCCAGCCAGAGCACAGCAGGCACCACCCCUCCUGUGACGGGCUACAGUCAGACUUCAGCCCAGGGUGGUUACGCCCAGUCCACCCCACAGGGCUACAGUCAGCCCAGCACGGGAUCCAGUUACUCCGGUAACUCCAGCAGUAGUGGUGGUGGUGGUGGUGGCAGCGGCGGUGGCAGCAGCCAGUCUUACCAGCAGAGCGCCCCUCCCUCACAGAGCAGUGGGUAUGGAGGACACCCGGGCAGCCAGGGGUCCUACAGCGCACCGGAACCUCCCAAGCCAAGUGGUGGAUAUGGCCAGCAAGCAGGUGGUUCAUCAGGUGGCUAUGGUGGAGGAAGCCAAGGUGGUCCUCCGAGUGGUGGAGGAGGUAGCUACGGUGGUGACUCUGGUGGUGCAUAUCGCGGUAGCCGCGGAGGCAGUGGUGGUGGUGGUGGAUAUGGUGGUGACCGAAGCGGCGGUGGCAGCAGCAGAGGGGGAUACAAUAAGUUCGGUGAUUCUGGCCGUGGCGGUGGCGGUGGUGGCAGUGUCGGAGGUGGAGGCAUGGGUGGGGGCAGUUCCUAUGGUGGGGAUGAGCCUAGGAAGGACCUAUCUGCAGAUACCGUCUUCAUCAGUGGACUCGGGGAAACCUCGGAGGAACAGUUAGCGGACUACUUCGGCAAGAUUGGUCUCAUCAAGAUCGACAAGAAGCUUGGCAAGCCCAAGGUGUGGAUCUACAAGAACAAGCAGACGUACCAGCAGACCGGAGAGGCCACUGUGACCUACGAUGACCCUCCCUCAGCCAAGGCAGCCAUUGACUGGUUCAACGGCAAGGACUUCUAUGGUAACGUAAUCAAGGUGGAGUUUGCCACCUCUCGUGCCAACUUCGGGAGCAACUUCAGAGGUCGUGGCGGUGGAGGCUUUGGUGGUGGUGGUGGUGGUGGUGGUGGUGGAUUCCGUGGUCGUGGCGGCGGUCGUGAUGGUGACAGCGGGGGUGGUUUCCGGGGAGGUCGCGGUGGUGACAGGAGUGACAGGGGCGGUGGCGGCGGUGGUAUGGGCGGUGGAGCACGGCAGGGCGAUUGGAUAUGUACAGAGAAUGGUUGCAGCAAUCACAAUUUUGCCCGUCGUGACAAGUGCAACAUGUGUGGAGCUCCCCGACCAGCUGAUGGUGGCAUGCCAGCCCCAAGCGGUGGCCCAGGCUUUGGUGACCGUGGUGGUCGCGGCGGCGGUGGUGGUGGUGGUUUCCGUGGCCGAGGCGGCAUGGAUCGCGGCGGUGGCCGCGGGGGCUCUUUCGGUGACCGUGGUGGUCGCGGAGGAGGGUUCUCACCCCGCGGGAGGGGCGGAGACAGAGGAGGGCGUGGAGGGGGCUUCCCACCCCGCGGUAGGGGCGGUCCCAUGGACAAUCGCAGAGGAGGGGACAGAUUCCGUCCGUACUAAACUUGACCAGGACAACUUUGUGAAAUUUCUUGUUAAGCACCGGUCUUGUUUCUCAUUAUUGUAAUUAAGCAUUUAAAAAAAAGCAGGCAGAUUGUCGUCAUGGAUAGUUGUGAGAAAUGCCUCAUUUGACUUCAAUCAAAGUUACAUCGAGAGGUGUUAACUUGAUAUUUGGUUUGCCCUUCCCCAGUGUAAUUUAUAUCAGCACUGCUUAACUCUGUGCCGUCAAAGAGCUUGGGAGGUCAUGGGUUCGAAUUCUACCCGAGCACAAAAGUAAGCACUGCCCAUAUAAUUAUGCAGGUGAAAGACAAAACUGAAUGUUGAAAUACCUUCCUCGUUAAGUGAGGAUAUGUAAAUAUUGAACUGGGGUUGUCAAAUGUGCUAGACACAUGUACUCCACUACUUUUGUGUUCACCAGUAAAAUGGGAUGAUCUGUUGGUACCUAUUAACAAAAAUUAAUUCCUUAGUUAAACAAAAUGAGCUUUUAAUAGAACCUAAAUGAUCAAAUUGUAUUCAAAAUGUUGGACUCAUCAUUUUGUCUUGCCAAGUUCUUUGAGUUUGUCGUCACCUAUAAACUACAAAUUGAGGUUGGACCGUAAGCCAAUUCCUAUGUCAUUUUUUCGGGUUUGAGUGGUUACACCCUAGACCUUUUGUUGGUUCCUGUCUUUAAAAGUUAUUUUAUGAAAUUAUGGGGAUUAAUAUUUUACCUGCAAAAGGCCUGAUCACAGUACAAAUGAGAUUAAAUUCAGGAGCUGAUUUUAAAUGUUACUCACAUAGGAACUGAGUUUCAGCUUCCAUUUUUCCAAGGUAUCAGGUUUUUGUUUUUUUUCAUUUUAUUCAAAAAAUGUCGGUCACCUGAUUUCUAAAUUGCGCAUGUCAUUUUGAAGGGUUUAAUAUUUGUUUAGUAUCAUUUGUCUUUUUGUGUCCACAUUUUCCACACAGAUUUUAAGGCUUACAAAUUUUUAGGAAAAGUCGAACGCAUUUGCUUUAAUUUGAACUACAAGAUUUCAUUUGCCUUUUUGAUUUUGUUUAUUUUUUUUAAUAAAAAACUUUGUUCUUUGCAUCAAACCACCAAUAUAUUCUUACAUCACGCAUGUCAUUUUGCAUUUGGAUUCAAAAAUUUGUAGCAAGUCACUAUAAUUUCCUGGGAAAAUCAACAUUUUGCAUGAGGAUUGGAGGUUUUGUAUAUUCUUUUCAUGUGGAAGUCAUUUCAGGCAAGAUGCCAUAUAAUUAGUUCUGCUAUAUUAUGAAAUCUCAGAAAUUUGUCGGCUGUGUAUUUUGUUGGAGAUUCAAGGCAUGUUUCCCACUUCCAACUUGAGCUUUACCAUUCAUGUUUACUGUACACUAGUGGAACGCAAAACUGUUUUUAAAGUUUUAGAUGUAAACGUCUCACUGUAUUAAUAAAACGUCUUGUGCUUGUAGAACCGAAA